UAAAUUUCACUGCUGCUUUGAUAAACACAUUUUCUUUGAAUGGAAACAGCAUCUGGUUACAGCCACAGCAUAUACGAUUUAGUCACUAAAUUUGCCGUCUUGCUGUCACAAAAUGAAAAUGCUGAACUUAAAACAACAUAUGCAAAGCCAACUGAGAAUCAGGAGCUCGCCUCAACACACAAAAGGCGCUUACAAAUCUACCACUCUCUGCUGCAGCGAAAUGCGGAUCAGCUUGCGGAAACCGACAGACAAUCAUGUCCAAGUUUAAUCAGGCUGGAGCAAUGCCAACGACUGCUACGGAAACAGUGGGAUUUGUACGACUGCAACCUAGCGCUUCAACUGGAGUAUUUUCUAUUUAAGCUUAGCACAAGUGCCAAGCAGGAUGAAGAGCAGCCGAGCGUACAAGCUAAAGAGAAAUCUAGACAGAAGUGGCUGCGCCACAAGAAUGUGCUAUUGGACCCUUUGCCUUUUCGUUUGGUUGAACAGAGCAGCAAUGAUCAUAUACAGCCCCCAGAAAGCAGGCGUGAGAGUUUCUUUCCCACUGUGAAUGUAGUACGCUCUCAACUGCAGCAGCCACCGCAAGAGAAAUGUGAGAAGUCAAAUCUCUUUCUUCGUAACUUUGAGGAACUGCAGAACAAGUUUAGCAGCCAGCCGCAGCCUAGCAACAGCUUUAGCUUUGGGGACUCUCUGCUUCGAUUGAAUACUAAAAACAAAGGUUUUGGAGAGCGAGGACCACGCCAGCCACUCGUGGAGCAAAAUCAGGAAGAAACAGCGCCGCUGACACAGCAAAAGCAGCAGGGGAACUGUGAUAAGUUUGUUGCUCAUUUAAAUCUAAGCCUUGAGCUUAGAAAGCGUCAGGACCCAAACUUGGAAUUGAAUGUCAUUGAGCUGGAAUGCUUUAUAGGCGAUGCCAAGAAAGUUGCAGUCGGUCUGCAAUCGCGGACGUUUCAGUGCGGUAAACACGGUUGCUUUGUCAUACGAUCAAAUACCACCAUACCCGAUGUUAUGCCUGAGGUGCUUGCCGCUUUUGCCAGUCCAUUUAUGGAAUGCGGUGAUGCCUAUCAAAGAUUGAGCACGUUGACGCAACGACCAAACAGAGCCAAGCUAAGCGAACGGCCCCUGCGACGAGCAUUGCGUCAGGCGAUUGUAGAUGUGCUUGCCAAUAGUCGACAGUUUAUGCUGCUGCUGGUUGUUCAGGAUCUGGCGCAACUACGACAGAAUACUGCCACCACUAUUCAGCUGCUGGUGCAACUAGAUGCCAUGAUGCAACAUGAUCUCAGUCUAAGCAACAGCUCUCAAGAUUGUCUCUUGGGCUCACUUUGGUCGAUAGUAAGCGCCUGCAACAACAAUGAGUUCUUAUUGCUGCUUAUGUAUAUGCUAAAAUCGCUGUGCCACACCUAUUUUGGCCAACUGCAGCAGUGGCUCUACCAAGGAGAACUGCAAGGACACUGGAACGAGCUUUUUGUAAGCUUUUGCCCACAGCAGUAUAUAAAUGAGCGCAGCAAGGAGUUUUUUGAAAAAGGCUAUCAUAUCAAUUGCGAGGCUGUGCCUGGAUUUCUCUCAGGCUGCGAGCAGGCAAUAGUGCAAUGCGGCAGAUACAAUCGAUUGCUCAAAGCAUACAAUGCACAACACAUCGUCUGCAGCUUGCAGCAUCCAAAGCUUCAAAUUUGCCUCACAGAGCAAGAGUUGCUCGAUAUGCAACAAAAGUUGGAGUCGUACUAUGUACAACUUCGAAAGCAAGUAGAGCCUUUUAGCAUGGCAAGCUGCUUGGAACAGCGAGAAGAGCUUAAGCGUCGGCAUGGCAAUCGCAUGUGGCAUUGCACCAAGGCGCACAUUGCCGAGUGGCAGCGACGCCAGCAAGAGUUGCAAAUAGAGGCAAAUGCCUUGAAGCAACAGCGUUAUGAACAGCUGAACCAGCAACUUGAGCAGCAACAGCAAAUACGCAUGGAGCAGCAGCGUGAGAACAUAGCGCGUGAGUUAGCUUUCCAGAAAGAGUGUGCCGACUUGGAGGAGCGUCAGCUGCGGCGGGAGAAGCAAGCGUUACAGGUGCAGAUAAACAGCGUGCCACCGCAAAGUCCCGAUAGUAGCGACAGCCAAAGUUUUGUCUCUUGCAUGGACGAUGUGAACAUGGAUUUCGAGGUGGAGCUAACGGACAUGGAGCUCAAUCGUCAACGCAACAUGAGCUCACAAGUGCAGGCGGCCAAUGUGACCAUACGAAAGAAGCGGCCAACGCAGUUGCUGCGUAGCAAAUCGGAUCUGGCCAACUCGAAUGAGGAGGAAUCCUGCUCAACAACAAAAGUGCAACUAGAUAGCAGCUUCGUUACUAUGCGUAAGAAGCAGCAAGAGCCCAAGUUGCAGCGCAGCAAAUCUGAUAUAUUAAACUGUAAUAAUGAUGACUCUGACAUGGCACGUAACCGCAUGCGUAAUCUAGCCUCGGAGCAGUUUUUGGAGUGUCAGACGUUGCCGUUGCUGCAACUGGAAGCGGCCAGCACCAGCAACCAGACAGAGGCGCAACUUAACCGGUUGCGUGUUAUGAAUUGCACAACGCUAACAGCUCAGUUGCCGCCGGAUCACAAUAUGAAUCUCAAGCCAACCAGCGACAUGCAGCGCAAUCGCCAACGCAUGUUGCAACACGAUCAAUUUGUUAGCUUCAACAGCGAGGAGAGCGUGCAUACAGAGCGUGCGAAGCGUUUGUUGCAAGCUAACAAUGAGCGUGGUCGUAAUCGGCGCAGUUGUCUGCGUGAUGAGUUUAAUAUAGACUUGGCGUUGCCCUUGGAGCCAAACAAGCUACAGGUGCAGCCGGAUGCUUUGACUCCCAUGUCUACAACUUCCGACCUGGAACUUGAACGCAGCGUUGAGCUGAAUGAUAGUAUUAAUAAUAAUAACAAUAGUAUCGUAGCACUCGCAGAGUUGCCAUCUGUUGAGCCAGUGUUAGCUGUAGUGAAACCUAAUCCUUGCCAGCGUAAGGCUUUCUUUCAAUUUCAAUGUACUCCACAUUGCAGUGGCGUUACACCUGCUGAGAUGAAUCCGCUAAGCGCCAUGAUGGUCAAGCGCUGUAUGCAUCUGUCUGUAGUGCUGCCGCUCAAUGCACAUUUGUCGCUGCUGCGGAAUGAGGCGUUGCGCAUCUUCGCCGAGCUCAAUGUACUUGAUUACUUACGACAGCUGCGCAGUUUCUUCUUCUUGAUGGAUGGCGAAUUUGGCACACUGAUGGUUAAUAGUCUGCUGCAGAAGAUUGAGGCGGGCAUGGAGCCGCGCAGCCUUUGCCAAAGAGGUGUGCUGGACUCCAUACUCAGCCUUGCCACAUCUCAUUGUGGCGAUGGCACUAUUGUCUUGCUGGACCACAUAACGCUCAACUGCAUCAACAUACCGGAACAGUUUGAUCUGUUUGGUGUGCAGGCGCUUUCCAUGUUUACGCUGCACUGCAAAUUGAACUGGCCACUCAAUUUAGUCAUCAGCGAUGAGGCUUUGGCCAAAUAUGGACAGAUUUUCUCGCACUUGCUUAAGUUGCGGCACAUCAACUUUAUGUUGGAGCGCGCCUAUCUGCAUCUGCAGGAGCUGGGCAAGUUGCAUGGCCGCAGACUGCGUGCGGCGCCGCAUUAUCUACACUUGCAGCUGGUGCGGCACAAGCUCUCACAGUUUGUAAUAACGUUGCAAAAUCACUUGGUCACCAAUGCGCUGCAGGCCAGUUGGCAAACAUUUAAGACGGAGCUGCGUCAAGUUGACUCCAUCGAGACACUGUAUCAAAUCCAUGUGGCGUAUUUGAAACAAAUUGCUUUCCUAGCACUUCUUAAUCGACAAAGCGUCAAGUUACGAGAAGCUAUUGAUGGCAUACUUAUCAUUGUGCUUCGCUUUUGCAAAGUGCUGCACUCCGAGUCCUUUACUUUGGAUGACAAGGAAAACUUUAUUCAUCCGCGCUAUAAGCGCUUGGUCUAUGAGGAAGGCGAAUUUGAUAAAUUUCUGCGCUACAUCAUUUACCUGGGCAAGAAGGCGUCCAGCACUGGUUAUCAGAAGCAAAUUGGUGACCUGAUUCGUAUUAUCAAUUUUAAUAACUAUUAUAAUGUAGCUUAAGAUUCGCUAAUAAAUCCCCAGCG